AUGAUCGAGCCUUUAGCAGCAGCUGUAGUAAACAGUUUUUUGCUACGUACACCCGCCGGACGUGCCUCUGCAUUUAGGCCUUCUGUGGAACACAUGGGUCGGUCCAUACGUCGUCCUCUACUACGCGACUUUUUUACUCCGACUGUGAGGCAGUGGAAAGGCAAGGAGAAAGCAGUGGAGCAGGAUGUGGAUUAUGCUCAGUGUGCCGAAUGUGCCGAAUGGCUCUUGGGAGUAACACAUGAACCGUGCUGCGUCAUGAGGCACUCCGUUUGGUGUCCAAGACGAAAUCGUAUGUUCAAAAUCAAUGACGUGGUUCCUCGUCGAUCGCAAACAUCGAACUAUUCUGCAAGUCCUCCCAAUGUCCGCCGCUAUUCCUCAUCUCUUCCGUCGUGUUCAAAUUCUCCACGGUUCAAUCAUCUCUCGACGACUUUGUCCUCACCGGCCCCUGAAAUACUGGACGUGAUGACAUCUUCUUUGAACUACUUCCUGUCCCUCCUGCAAGAAACCCACCCAUUUAACUUGGAUGAUGUAUGGAAUGCUUACCAGAUGCUUGUUGACUCUGAUGAUCACCAAUAUCUGAAACCGUUGGACGUCUUGAACUUUGCUCAAAAGCUCUCUGCUGCUGUAGAGGCAGGCGGUGAGGGCAACGGCGGCGUUUCGUACUUUCGAGAGUGGGGCACACGACUUGCCGCGCUGAAUGAGCGGCUGGAGUCCAUAUUCGAGAAGCAUUCGAGCGAACACGUUACGAAGUUAAAACUCGUAGCGAGAGCCUCGGCAUUUCUAGGAGAUCUGGACCGUGCAAUCAUUACCGCCCACGAACUAUCGGAUCUACUUGCUGACGGACGGAGAGAGGAGUUAAUGGAAAUUUAUGGGACCCUCAUCCGGUUAAUGACGCUUCAUCAAGACGGCGAGCACGUCCUGGAUUUUGUUCUUGCAGAGUGGACCAAUAUCGGCGUGCAUCUCUUACCUCUCUCUACUCGUUUGCAGUAUUUGCACAUUGACGUAAAAACCUCAUCGUUACAAGAUACGAUCUACUCGACUUUGGCCAACAUACCAGAUGCUGCAUCCCUAUUGGCAAGGCGACGACACUUGGGUUUGGAGACACGGCAGCGUAUGGGUGUCCUGCUGCUAGACGUAUUUUGCUGGGAAGCCCUGGCAGAGGAUGCAUAUGCAUUGCUGAAAGAAAUGCGAGCGCAGCGGAUAUCGAUACAAGUUGACCUGCAAUUACAAGUGGUCCGCUCGCUUGUUCGUGCUGAUUCCUUCAUUCGCGCCAAUGAACUGUACAGGACCAUAUCGAAGUCGACGAACACCCGGCAUAAAUUUUUCAUCUCUACCGGAAUGUUCCUCGCGGCACACCAGGGUGACAUUGACCGCGCCGAGGAGUAUUAUUCCCAGCUCAACACAGCGCGGUGGAUUACGUUGCAGGAUAAAGCCAUUCUCAUGCAUGCAUAUGCAGUUGCCGGACGAGUGGGCAAAGUCGUUGAACUAUUCCACGAGUUCUUUCCUAACCCAAAGAACGGACCAAAGCCUUCAAUCGUGCAUUACACCAUUGUGGUGUAUGCACACGCAGAGCGCGCGGAUUACGACGGGCUCAAUUUUUGGCUUCAGGCUAUGUCGAAAGCUGGACUAGUUCCUGAUAUCUACGUCUACAGCAUCAUUCUCAAAAGCUUUUCUGCACGUGGGGAAGUAGAGUCUGUCUCCGCCGUUUUGGACCAGAUGCGCGCUGCCAAAAUUAUGCCCACUCGUGUCUUGUACACAACUGUCAUAUCUCUUCUUGCGCAUAGGAGGGACCCUGUAUCUGCGGAAGCAAUUUACAAACGUGCGUUACGCGAAGGGAUAACUCCCGAUCGCAAGAUGAUCACUUCUCUCAUGAAUGCCCACGUGGAAGCCGGUUCUUGGGCGGGAGUAGUGCGCGUUUUUGACUACCUCAAAUCAUCUCGAACCCCUCGCCUUCGGCUAUCAAUAGAAGUCUACAAUACUUUGUUGAAAGCUUACGUCCUUAUCGGCGCCCCUUUCCAUGUCGUCUCUACAAUUUUUCGCAAGCUCGAGGCUAUGGGUGUGCAGCCGAAUGGACGGACGUAUACCCUUAUCAUCCAGUCGGCCUGCGAUGCAGGAUACAUGAACAUUGCCAACAAGAUUUUCACCGAGAUGCAGGCAGCCGCAAAAGACUGGCAGACAACUUAUCGUGUUGACGCUUUCGUGUUGACGAUCAUCAUGGCUGGUCAUUUACGGCUGGGUGACAAGCGUAGGGCAAAGGUUGUUUAUGACGACAUGUGCGAACGAGGCAUUCAACCUACAUCCGCCACAUUCCAUCACAUCCUUCGCGCUUAUGGUAACGAGAGAACCGAAGAAAGCUUCCAAAUUGCAGAGGGUUUCUUGAAGACCAUCAUGGCUGGUGAGUCUUCUGCGUCGUGGAUCCCUCCUCAGACUCGCGCAGCUGCGCUUGAGCACGUCUACGGUCCCCUCAUGAUCGCGUAUACAAAAACCGAUAAACCAGAGGAGGUGGAGCGGUUGUUCCAAUCCAUGUUGGAUGCGGGUGGAGAACCUUCGUUGGGCAGCUUGUCAGUGCUCCUCGACGCCUACCGUCGCUCUAGUGACAUCGAAGCCAUCCAUGGGCUUUGGCCACAAAUAUGGCAACUCGCCUUACGUUUUUCGAAGACGGAUUCGCUUUUCGAUGGAGAAGAUGAUAACCCUUCCGACCCCACGAAACGUCAGGGAAAUCUUCUCUGCGUUCCCCUAUCCAUCUAUAUCGAUGCACUUUCUGCGGCCGGGGAACACUUCGUGAUUGCCGAGAUGUGGGGGAAAGCGAGAUCUCAUGGCUUCAGCUUCGAUUCACAUAACUGGAACCAUUUGGCGGUUGCUCUGGUCCGCGCAGGCGAGCCGGAGCGGGCCUUUGAGAUAGUCGAGCGAGUAUUGCUACCUUAUCAGCGUCAGAGCGAGGGUGUACUCCGCGACAGAGAUUUAUCUCCUGACUCCCCUCUCACUUUCGAUGUCAGUCCCGCAGAUGUUAGCAAACCAGUUUCCCAGUCACCGAUGCACCGGAGUGAGCGCCGAGCUUAUCAAUCGAAAGUGGCUACCAAGAGAUCCGGUGACGCGCUAGAAAUGGAUCCAACCUCGGAUGAUUUUGCUCAUCCAUUACACAUACUGCACCAGAUAUCCCCUUCCUGGAAUGUUUGGCGCCCUCAUCGUGCUGUUCUUGACUUGCUGUCAGGAGUGCUGCGCCAUCUGGAAUCUGGGACGCCUGUCCAACCGGUGGGAGACCGUAGCUCAGCGCCACAGGCACUGGAACCUAACUCCGGCGGUGGUUUCACUCGUGGAUAUCUCGCGCGAGAAAUGCUUGACCGCAUUUAUCUUAACUAUCCUGAUACAAUUCAAGCUAUUCGCUUACACGAGCGUUGGACUGCACGGAAAUCCUCGUUGACGAGACAGGACGAUGGGUGGUAG